UUCCAGCGUACAUAUUUUUUUGGGGGGAGCUUUAUGUGUACCCAGUACCCACAAAUAAAUGUUGAUAAAAAGAGGAAGUACUCUAGAUUUCCUGGUUUCUUUUCCAACCCUAGAAAUCCAUUCAAUUUAGCACCAGAGAUCGAGACUAUCACUCAAGAAGAUUUGGAAUCUAUGCUAUAUCGACUGGACCACAACAAGUAUUUCUCAAUUUCCAAUUGUUUUGAUUCUCAAGUCUCCUUCCGGCGUGUGAAAUCCAUCCAAUUUAACUCUAAAGCUUGAGUCUUUCGGAAAUUGAGAAUAUUGCGGAGACAAUAGUGAAUUUUGGGUGCUGACGUUGUCUGCUUACUUGGUGAAGUUGAGGAGACACUCCUAGUAUCUUCGUAAAGAUGAUGUCAAGAUCGUAUACAAACCUUUUAGAUUUGGCAGCUGGAAAUUUUCCAGAAAUGGGGAGGGAGAGGGAGCGAAGAAGGCUGCCGAUGCCGAGGGUAAUGACGGUGCCAGGUAGUAUAUGCGAGUUUGAAGAUGAACAGACUAAUAGUGUUGCUUCUGAUAAUCAGUCUUCACUAGUCUGUGAUAGGAUGAUUAUUGUCGCUAAUCAGUUGCCCUUGAAAGCAAAACGAAGACCAGAUAAUGAAGGGUGGAGCUUUAGUUGGAAUGAGGACUCGAUACUAUUCCGACUUAAGGAUGGUUUACCGGAAGAAAUGGAAGUGCAAUAUGUUGGAUCUUUGUGUGUUGAUGUUGACCCAAUUGAACAGGAUGACGUUUCCAGCUAUCUUUUGGAAAAAUUCCAGUGUGUUCCUACUUUCCUUCCCCCGAGUUUAAUGGAGAAGUAUUAUGAAGGAUUCUGCAAGAAACAUUUGUGGCCGCUUUUUCACUACAUGUUGCCGUUUUCACCUGAUCAUGGAGGCCGCUUUGAUCGGUCUAUGUGGGAAGCAUAUGUGUCUGCGAAUAAGAUUUUUUCACAAAAAGUGAUUGAAGUUCUUAAUCCCGAGGAUGAUUUUGUUUGGAUUCAUGAUUAUCAUUUGAUGGUGUUGCCCACAUUCUUGAGGAGGCGAUUCAACCGACUCAGAAUGGGUUUCUUCCUUCAUAGCCCAUUUCCUUCUUCCGAGAUUUACAGGACACUUCCUGUCAGAGAAGAAAUUCUCAAGGCUCUGCUUUGCUCUGACCUUGUUGGUUUCCACACUUUUGAUUAUGCACGACAUUUCCUCUCUUGCUGCAGUCGGAUGUUAGGCUUAGAGUACCAGUCAAAAAGGGGUUAUAUUGGGCUGGAGUACUAUGGGAGGACGGUAGGGAUAAAGAUUAUGCCUGUUGGUAUACAUAUGGGACAUAUUGAGUCGGUGAUGAGACUUGCUGAUAAAGAGAAGAAGUUCAAGGGACUAAGACAGCAAUUUGAAGGAAAAAUCGUGUUGCUUGGAGUUGAUGACAUGGAUAUUUUCAAAGGCAUCAACUUAAAACUUCUGGCUAUGGAACACAUGCUCAAACAUCAUCCAAAGUGGCAAGGAAGGGCUGUGCUCGUCCAAAUUGCAAAUCCUGCAAGGGGGAAAGGGAUUGAUUUGGAGGAAAUACACGUUGAGAUGCAAGAAAGCUGCAAGAGAAUCAAUAAGGAAUUCGGCAAUCCUGGAUAUGAGCCAGUAGUUUUCAUCGAUAACUCCAUAUCAAGCAGUGAAAAAAUGGCUUACUAUAGUGUCGCAGAAUGUGUUGUUGUUACAGCUGUGAGGGACGGGAUGAACCUGACUCCAUAUGAAUAUGUUGUGUGUAGACAAGGAAUUCCGGGUGCAGAAGCAGAUUCUGAUUUGGCUGGAGCCAUGAAGAGCAUGCUCGUGAUAUCUGAAUUUAUUGGGUGUUCUCCUUCGCUAAGUGGGGCCAUCCGUAUCAACCCAUGGAAUGUUGAAGCUACUGCUGAGGCAAUGAACGAGGCUUUAUCAAUGUCUGAGCAAGAGAAACAAAUGCGACAUGAGAAACAUUAUCGUUAUGUUAGCACUCAUCAUGUAGCUUAUUGGUCACGGAGCUUUUUGCAAGAUAUGGAGAGAACUUGUGCUGAUCACUUUAGGAAAAGAUGCUAUGGCAUUGGUUUGGGCUUUGGUUUCAGAGUUGUGGCCCUUGAUCCCAACUUCAGAAAGCUCUCAAUAGAUGAUAUUGAGUCAGCCUAUAUUAAGGCUAAGAGCAGAGCGAUAUUACUGGAUUAUGAUGGAACUGUUAUGCCCCAAAAUUCUAUCAUCAAGUCUCCUAGUGAAAGAGUCCUCGCAAUUUUAAACAAAAUCUGUAGUGAUCCAAAUAAUACAGUCUUUAUAGUUAGUGGAAGAGGAAGGGACAGUUUAAGCAAGUGGUUCUCUCCUUGUAGGAAAUUGGGGCUUGCUGCAGAACAUGGUUACUUCUUGAGGCGGUCACAAGACCAUGAUUGGGAACUGUCUGGUCAGGGCUCUGAUUUUGGAUGGAUGCAGCUUGCUGAACCUGUGAUGCAGUCGUAUACUGAUGCUACAGACGGUUCUUCCAUUGAAAAGAAGGAAAGUGCUAUAGUUUGGCAGUAUCGCGAUGCAGAUCCUGGUUUUGGUUUUUCUCAGGCAAAGGAGAUGCUUGAUCAUCUCGAGAGUGUUUUGGCAAAUGAACCUGUUGCGGUGAAAAGUGGGCAGCACAUUGUAGAAGUCAAGCCUCAGGGAGUCACCAAAGGUUUGGUUGCAGAAAAAAUAUUCACCUCUAUGGCAGAGAAAGGGAAACUGGCGGAUUUUGUGCUUUGCAUCGGUGAUGACAGAUCCGAUGAGGAUAUGUUUGAAGUAAUUGGUGAUGCGCUCUCUAGAAGUAUCGUCUCUUUCAACGCAAAGGUUUUUCCGUGCACUGUUGGACAAAAGCCAAGCAAAGCGAAGUAUUAUUUGGAUGAUCCAUCUGAGGUUAUAGUCAUGCUUGAAUCUCUCGCUGAAUCAACCUGCACCCCGGUCACUUCUGAUGACGAGUCCUGAAAGAUGUUGAGAGGUGUCGAUUCUUUUGCUGAACUCGGGGUCCUGGUUAGUUGCAUAAAAUCCAUGUUGGAAGAUGACAUAUGUCCUGUAGGACGAUAGAUUUCAGGCCUAUGGGAUUGGAGAUGUAGUGACUUUACCAUUCAUUCUUUAUUUGCUUUUUAUAUUUUUUUCAUGUUUAUUCCUUUAUCCCUUGUCUGGAAUUAUUCAUCUGUGUGAAGGAAAAAGAAGUAAAUUCGUUGGUUGCAGAGUUUAAGUCAAUCGUGAAAAAGAAACAGACGAUCUGCGUGGAUAUGAAGCCAUAGAGGAAAGGUAAUAAAGUUGAAGAGAAGCACCGCUGCUGCUGAACGAUGAAAACACCAUAUUCUUUUGAAGUGGUUUAUGCUGCUAGGCUAGCGACUGACUAAAAUCUUUAUCGUGCUGGAACGAGAGGUUGGUUCACAUUUUAUGACAUAUUUCUAACAUCUUAUUGCAUGAGACUGCUUGGCUCAAGCUCAUCGAACUUUCAAAUCUGAAGUCGAUUUCUUUGGGGUAAAAUUAGAUUGCGGUUGUGUAUUCAGUGAAGUCGAUGCACUUUGUAAAUCAAAAUAUGUAGCUUAUACUUGAAUGGAUUGAUGCAAUUUCAUUAGGGGGAAGUCCUCUUUAAUGUGUAAAUCAUAUGUGUAUUGAACACCAUUGGUGAUAAGAGUCCCAAAACUCAAGUUUUAUCC